AAGGAAAAAUUAGACAGAAAAAGCAUUGAUUACUUUAAUAAAUUCCCAACAAAUAUGAACACUGUUUCGUCAAGAGACCAAGAAGCGAGGAAGCCCCGCACUGCACUUCACAACAGCGAAGAAAAAGAAAAAGAAAAAGAAGAGUUAAAGCGUGCCAAUCGGUCCUCCAGUUUUCGUCGCCUUUCCUUCGUUUUCCUUUGGCUCCUUUCCCACGCCAUCUUUUCUUUUCCCUGAAACUCAUCUUCUCCCAACUCUCUUUCUCUCUCUGAUUCUAAUCGUUGGGCUAUAAGAUCACCAAUUUUGUACUUCAUGUUUGCUAACCAGGAAGAUGAAAAGACUCCAGGAUUAGAACCCAAGUUCUGAUUUUCCGUUUCCAUGGCUGUGCUUGGCAACCCAAAAACUUGGAUUCCCUACGUCAACAUCAGAGAUUGCUCCCAAGGUUUUUGCAGUGCCUACUGUCCACAGUGGUGUUACAUAGUGCUUCCUCCACCUCCUCCUCCUGCACUCGAUUUCCCUCAAGAUGACAAUUCGUCCCCAAAUUUCUCUCCGCUCGUCAUAGCCAUAAUUGGGAUCUUGGCCAGUGCUUUCCUUCUGAUAAGUUAUUACACUUUCAUUUCCAAGUACUGUGGAAACAGAGGAUCUUCAGACACAGAAAAUCUUCAUCCAAGUGAUGAGAUUGAAGAUAAUCACAACCCUUCGUUGCACGAGCCGUGGCAUGUCCAGACCAAUGGGUUAGAUGAGGCUCUGAUAAAGUCCAUCACAGUGUGUAAGUACAAGAGAGGAGAUGGGUUGGUUGGAGUCACAGAUUGCUCUGUUUGUCUCAGUGAGUUUCGAGAAGAUGAACAAGUCAAACUGUUGCCUAAAUGCAGCCACGCUUUUCACCUUCCGUGUAUUGACGAGUGGCUCAAAUCUCACCCUAAUUGCCCUCUCUGUCGUGCUCUUAUAUUCACCUUCAACGCCCCGGCCCCUCAAGUGAUUCCACCUGUGACACAAGAAUCUUCCUCGGGAAACGAAUCUUCGAGGGAAAUUCAGAGUGCCAGUGAUGAAAUCAGAGGGUUUGGAAGAAGAAACGUUGAAACAGUUGGGGAUGUCGAAGAAGGAGGUCCGAAGCCUGCGUUGCGUGCUUUUAGCGAUCUGGGUUUUCUAGGAGGGAGGCAUAGAAUGAUUGAGAUGAUUAGAGAUGAAGGGGAUGGAGACGAUGAAGCCAUAAGAAGGUCGGUGUCGAUGGAUCAUCAAGCGCUUCAAAUUGGAGGAUCAAACGAAGCAGGACCUUCAAAGAGAUCACAAGGAGAGAGUAGCAAGUCUAGCAGCAGCAGAAGGGUUCUGCAUUGUGUUUUGAGUCCAAUCACAAUGAAGAGAUCGUUUUCCAGUGGAAGAUUCUCGUUUCGCAGAAAUGGCAGAGCAAGGCAGGGGAUUAUCCCUGUCUGAGAAAUCCCCUGAUCUUUUUUCAGGGAAGGAGGAAAAAAAAAAAAAAACCUCUCUGCUUGUAUGAUGUUAAGAUGACAAUGUGUAAGUAAAGAGUAAUUACCAUAGUAAUUAGUGAGUGUGAGAUCAGAAGUAUGUGGAAAAACCAGUGUUUGUGUGCGCAAUUGUUUUGUCGAAUGGACAUAUUUUUCCCGUAAUGAAAAGGGUAUACGUUUUGGUGAA